UCCUAAACUGAAUCUCAAGUUGUGAUCGGGCCACUGUCAGGAAAGGGUCAUGCCCUGCCAGCCACAUGCUCCUCAAGAAACCGCAAGGAAGGCAGCUGCCCUGGCUUGGGUGCUUCACCAGGCUGGACUGCGCCUCCAAAUGGCUUUUGGCGUGGAAGGGGGAGGCGAGGAGGAACUGGUACUGGCGAGGCAGGUGCUUCCCUGAGAACUCGGACUGUGUGUUCACAGGAGACAGCAGCGUCCUGUGGUGCCUCCCGGCCCCUCCAGAAGUCCCGUGAGAGCUGGUAUGCGCUGGCUCCCUCCCUCCGAGGCUACUUCUCAGGGCUGGAAGUCCCGUCAGUUCUGCUGAACGCUGUGUCCCAGGUGUGUGGUGGCGGCUGCAAUCUGUCUUGGGGAUAUUAAUGACAUCUUCACUGGUGGCGACUGCUGUCCAGCUGUUCUGCAAAACUGGAGCUUUCAGGGUAGCAGGACUUAAUGCAAAUGAAAGCAGAGGAAACUGUCGGCUGCACUGUGGUCCAACCAAUAGCAGCACAGCUCCAUCUUGGCUGUGCACUAGACUGCGUUACAAACAGACGAUACCAUCGCUUCAACAGCAUCCUCCCAGACAAGAGUUUCAAAGGAGAAUACAAGAAGUGAAGUCUCUAAGAAUGGCUUCUAAUCACUGGAAUGAAACUACUACAUCUGUUUAUCAAUACCUUGGUUUUCAAGUUCAAAAAAUCUACCCAUUUCAUGAUAACUGGAAUACUGCCUGUUUUGUCAUCCUGCUUUUAUUUAUAUUCACUGUGGUAUCCUUAGUAGUACUGGCUUUCCUUUACGAAGUGCUUGACUGCUGCUGCUGUGCAAAAAACAAAACGGUGAAAGAUCUGAAGAGUGAACCUAACCCUCUCCGAAGUAUGAUGGACAACAUCAGAAAACGUGAAACUGAAGUGGUCUAGACGACAGAAGAUGAAUAAAACCUUCAACAGCCUUUAACAUCUUCUGAGGAGAAAAGUUCUUGAUUAUAAAGUUCCUGUUAGAACACUGAUUCUGACUUUGAAUGGUUAAGAUUUAUAGUAAAAGCAAAAGAUACGUAUUCACUUUGUGUA